GUUUCUGCUCUCUGGCAAUCUUCACGGUGGCUCAGUGGUUGCAAGCUAUCCCUACGAUGACUCUCCCACACAUAAACCCACAGGAGUCUACAGUAAAUCAGCUGAUGACGAAGUGUUCAAAUAUUUGGCUAAAACAUACGCAUCCCAUCACCCCAUAAUGAGAACUGGCAAACCCAACUGUCCUGGCGAGGAGGGAGAGACCUUCCAAGAUGGGAUCACAAACGGUGCCCAGUGGUAUGAUGUAGAAGGUGGGAUGCAGGAUUACAACUAUGUGUGGGCCAACUGCUUUGAGAUCACGUUGGAGCUGUCCUGCUGCAAGUAUCCACCGACCUCCGAGCGGAUGCAGUCUCUGGAGCUGGCCUGGAGAACGCGACCAUCGUUGUUGCCGGUAUUGCUCAUAACAUCACAGCCGGCAGAUUUGGCGAUUACCACCGACUGCUUGUGCCUGGCACCUACAACGUGA